AUGGAGGCCCCAGUUUCUGAAAUUCAAGUAGAAAGCAAGGAUGAGAAGAGAUCAGCAGAAGUUAGUCCGCAGGAUGAGAAGCAGGAGGAAAAGGCAUCAAUGCUUUGCUUCAAGAGAAGAAAGAAAUCAUUCAAAGCAAUGAAGCCCAAAGCUGGCACAGAUGCUGUUGAUGUGGCAAGGAAGUGUCCUUCAGGAGCAGGGGCUUCUGAUCAGCCACAGCCCCCAGGAGGGGCCUGGGCCUCAAUAAAACGUCUUGUAACACACAGGAAAAGGUCAGAUUCUUCAAAGAAGCAAAAGUCCUUUGAGGCUAAAGUGCAACCUGAAAUCAAUACUGAGGAUGCUAAUCUUUCUAAGAAAAAGGCAAAAUCCAGACUCAGGAUUCCCUGCAUAAAAUUCUCAAAAGGGGAGAAAAGAAGUCGUCAUUCUGAAAUUAUAGAAGAUGCAGACUGCAGCGUCAAUGUUCAGGGAAAGGCUGAAAGGUUGGAUACAAAAACUCCAACCCAAUCAGAUGACCAGGCAACAAAGACCAAGUUGGCCCAGGAUGUAACUGGAGAUGUCUCACAACAAAGGGGUGAUGAAGUCUGUGAAUCAAAUGUGAACAACAGCAGAACUUCUCCUGGAGAGAAAGUGAUUUCAGUAGAACUUGGGUUAGACACUGGGCAUUAUGCUCUUCAAACAGGAACUCAAAUCCUUGAAAAAGACAUUGAAACAACAGAGGAAAAAACAAAUAUACAGCCCCAGCAAACAAGUCCAGUUGAAACUUCAGAAAUAGAACAUCAGCUACCAGUGGUUUCUGAUGCUCCCCCCUCACCUGCAAUCCCAGAUCAACAAAUUAUGGAGGAAGCUAGAAACAAUAUCCCAGAAAGUGGACCAAACUGGAAAGACUAUGAAAGUGGAGAAAUUGUAGCUGAAGAGAUUAAGCCAAAAGAUACUGAAUUGAGCCAGGAAUCAGAUUUUAAAGAAAUUGAGAUCAGUGCAGAGAAACCCAAAUCAGAAGAAAACAAAAGAAUGGAGCCAAUUGCUAUUAUUAUUACAGACACUGAAAUUAGUGAAUUUGAUGUUAAGAAAUCUAAAAAUGUCCCUAAGCAAUUCUUAAUUUCAAUUGAAAAUGAGGAAGUAGGGGUUUUUGCUGAGUGUGGUUUUGAGGGUAGAACUUCAGAACAAUAUGAAACACUCUUAAUAGAAACAGCUUCUUCUCUUGUCAAGAAUGCUAUCCAGUUGUCUAUAGAACAGCUGGUUAACGAAAUGGCCUCUGGUGAUAAUAAAAUAAACAAUCUUCUCCAGUGA